UUUUACUUAAAUCCCGAAAUGGAGUGGUCUUUUUCACAAAAUGAAAAUUGAAAGCGAAUCUCAGAGACUCAAGACAAUUCAGAGCUGCACUUUCUUUGGAGAGACCUCCAAGGUCGCCCGUGGUUGGGAAGCUAAAAACUUCGCGUUUUGAGCUUUAACCUCCUCCUGUUUUUCUCCCGGGAGUUUUGCAUCAGAACCCUAACUCAAUUCACACCAUUUUCUACAGUUAUGGCAUACUCAGAAGCUACAAAUGUAGAGAGUGAGUCGAUUCAAAUGAAUGCUGCUCCUAGGAGACCCCGAAUUUUACUUGCUGCAAGUGGAAGUGUAGCCGCCAUAAAGUUUGGGAAUCUCUGCCAUUGCUUUUCGGAGUGGGCAGAAGUAAGAGCAGUGGCAACAAAGCCCUCUCUUCACUUCAUUGAUAGAGCAUCAAUUCCUAAGGAUGUGAUUCUCUACACUGAUGAGGAUGAAUGGUCAAGUUGGAACAAAAUAGGUGAUAGUGUACUGCACAUUGAGCUCCGCCGAUGGGCUGAUAUUAUGGUUAUUGCCCCAUUGUCAGCGAACACACUUGGCAAGAUAGCUGGAGGAUUGUGCGACAAUUUGCUAACAUGCGUUGUACGAGCAUGGGACUAUGACAAACCACUGUUUGUUGCACCUGCUAUGAACACUUUCAUGUGGACCAAUCCUUUCACUGAGCGGCACCUUAUGUCAAUUGAUGAGCUAGGAAUUUCUCUUAUACCACCUGUCACAAAAAGGCUGGCUUGUGGGGAUUACGGAAAUGGUGCAAUGGCUGAACCGUCUUUGAUCUAUCAAACUGUGAGACUUUUCUGUGAGUCAAGGAAUCAAUUGGGUGAUGGAAGAGUUGGUUAAUUUUGUAUGCAUGGAUUGCAUUAUUUGUUGUGGUUUGUUAUCUCUUUACCAGGUGCAUUUUGUAUUUCAUGUUUGUGGAUCCAGGCAUUCAGCUUGUACAUUUAGACAAUACCCUGUUGAAGUUCAUCCGAAUUUAUUUCAUUAGCUAUUGUUUGACCACUAGAUCAUGUACGUUAUUCUAAAUGCCUAGAUUUACAUACCAAGGUCAACAUAGUGAUGAAAUAUGAAUUUUAAACUUCACGGUUGAUGUCAUUUUACUGCCUGAA